ACAUGACAAUAUCAACGACAUCUCUCUCUCUCUCUCUCUCUCUCUCUCUCUCUCAAAAACAGGUUUGGUUGCUUCUCUCCUCAUCUGAUAUACUUACCUUAGUACACCUUGCACCCAUGGAAUAAUCACACACCACCUCGCAUUCCUUCAUUCAUUCAUUUCCCCUAAGGCACGCCUCUCUCUCUCUCUCUCUCUCUCUCUCUCUCUAAGAAAUAUAAAGGUCCACAUUGGUAGAAAGAAUAUACAGAAGCAGCAGCAGCAAUAGCUAACAGAGAUUAUACUGUGUUCACCAGUCACCAUUAAACUUCAAAAGGGUAAAUUUUGAUGUCAUCAGUUAGUCUGAAAAUGGAGGUGGUGGUGAAGUCAGAUGUUGCAGACCCCAAACAACAACAGCAGCUGCUGCAGAACCAACAUUUCCAUGUAUUGGCUGUAGAUGACAGCCUUUUGGACAGGAAACUCCUGGAGAGGCUCCUUAGAGGUUCUUCAUAUGAAGUGACUUGUGUGGAUUCUGGGGAUGAAGCACUAAAAUAUCUGGGUUUGCUUGAAGACCUAAACCGAAGUACUGCAACUUCCUCUUCAUCCAGCUCCCCUCAGUCAUCAGAUGUACCAGAGGGAUCAAAAGCCAUCAACUUGAUCAUGACGGACUUCUGUAUGCCCGGAAUGAGCGGCUAUGAUUUGCUGAAACGCGUCAAGGGAUCUUCUUGGAAGGACGUACCAGUCGUGGUCAUGUCAUCAGAGAAUGUUCCUUCAAGAAUCAGCAUGUGCUUGGAAGAAGGGGCAGAGGAGUUUCUGUUGAAGCCACUCCAGUUGUCAGAUCUGAAGAAGCUUCGGCCUUACCUGCUCAAAUCCCUCCAACAUUAUUAUUCUUCUAACCACAAUGAGGCUGGUGGUGAAAAUGACCAAAACGACCAAACCAAAAGCGCUACUGAGAUGAAUCAUGUGAAGGGCACUACCGUCAACAGCAAUAGUAUUAGCAAGAGGAAGGCCCAAACAAUAUCAGAGAGAUCAAGGCCCAAGAUGAAGGGAUUAGGUGUUCUAGGCCCAAACAAUAUAAGAGAGAUCAAGGCCCAAGAUGAAGGGACUAGGUGUUCUAGGCCCAAACAGUAUCAGAGAGAUCAAGGCCCAAGAUGAAGGGAUUAGGUGUUCUAGUAUAAUCAAGAUUAAUUAGUUUUAAUUCAAUUUAUUACUAGUGGUGAUUGUUGUGGUGAGUAUUAUGUACAUACAGUAAUCACAUUUCCAUUCUUGUACUGCA